AUGAUGAAGGGUCAUUCUGAUGAUUACUAUGUGCAGUUUGACCAAGACAAUGAAGGUUUAUUGAAUUCGAACAGAGGUUCUUUAAGAAGUAACAGUCGAAUCAACAGACAGAACUCAUUGAUUCGACCAGAAAGAAACAGGUUGAACAAUCCUGAUAAUCCUCACUAUUAUUAUGUUCAAAAGACUAAAGAACAAAGGGGUAAAAUUGCUGUUCAACCUUCUUCAACUGGUUUGGAUCCAAAUUUAUUGCCAAAUAAUGAUGAUGCAGAGUUAAGGAGUGGUGGUGGUUUCAAUAUUCAUAAGAACAAUUCAAUACGAUCUCGUAGGACUGGUCAUGAAUCUCUCGGGAAAGAGUCUGAUAUUAGAGAAAGUAUAGAAUUGGAUGAUUUGGAUUUGGCAGGUUUACAAAAUGAUCCAUUUAUGAAAUCAUCAAUUCAGAUAGAUGAAUCUACAAAUAUGUUAUAUGAAACAAAUCCAAAUGCUAAAAAUGCUAAACCUAAUUCGAAUGAUAAGGAAAAGGAAUCAUUGAGUUUAUGGCAAUUAUAUUGCUACAUUAUAACCUUUUGGGCACCUGCGCCUUUAUUAUCUUUAUUUGGCAUGCCAAAGAAAGAAAGACAAAUGGCUUGGAGAGAGAAAAUUGCUUUGAUUUCAAUUAUUUUUUAUCUAGGUGCAUUUGUUGCUUAUAUUACUUUUGGUUUCUCAAGAACUGUUUGUAAGGAUCCACCAAUUCGUUUUAAAAAUAAUCAAGUUUCAACUAGUUAUCUGAUUAUUAAUGGUAAAGCUUAUAAUCUGGAUUCUUCUUCUCACCCAGCUGCAGCAGGUAUAGAAGCGGGUACAAACGUUCUUUAUCCACCUAUAGGUUAUGGUGGAAUGGAUGCUUCAUUUUUAUUUCAAAAUGUUAAUGGUAAUUGUCUUGGUAUAAUCAAUCCAAGAGAUAAUGCAACUACUCCAUUUGAUGACAACGGUAAUAUGGCAUGGUAUUUCCCAUGUAAGCCAUUCUCUCAGGAUGGUUCAACAAAACCAAAUUUUACUGAAUCAGAAUACUACCCUGGUUGGGCUUGUCAUACUUCUGAAGAGUCCAGAAAUGCAUAUUAUAGCUUAAACAGCAAUGCUGACGUUUAUUUUACUUGGGAUGAUAUUAAAAAUUCAACAAGAAAUUUAGUUGUGUACAAUGGUCAUGUCUUAGAUUUGUCCUUAUUAGAUUGGCUAGAAACAGAUCAAUUGACCUAUCCUGCAUUGUUUGAUGAUCUGCGCAAAAGUAAUCUGCAAGGUUAUGAUUUAUCUAUCGUAUUUACUACAAGUCAUGAGAAAAAAAUUGGUCGAUGUUUAACUGAAAUUAUUAGAGUUGGUGAAGUUGAUUCAAAAACUGUUGGAUGUAUUGUUUCAGACAUAGUAUUAUACGUUUCGAUUGUUUUUAUUUUAUCUGUCGUCGUAGCAAAGUUCAUUGUGGCUUGUUAUUUCCGUUGGAUCGUAAGCAGAAAGCAAGGUGCUUACGUAAUUGAUAACAAAUCGAUGGUUAAACAUAUUAAUGAAAUCGAAGAUUGGUCUGAAAACAUAAACAGUCAAGGAUUAAAUAUCGGAUCUCAGAAGCCUACUUUUCCAGGAGAUCAGUUUCCAUCAAAUGCUUCAAGAAUGGAAACUCAUAAAAGAAGAGGUUCAAAGUUUUUGCCAUUGAAUGAAGUCACUCUUGAUUUGAAUAAUGAUUCAAUGAGGUUUGGAAAAUCUGGUGAUGUGGUUACAAUGAGUACUCAGAAUGCAUUAAGAGUCUCGAAUGAGACACCUGACAAUAAAUCAUUCUAUGGCUUGCAUUCGCGUAAUCCAUCUGCCUUAAUAUCUUCAACAUCACUUUUAUGGAACGGAGCAGCAACUAAUCCUAUGGCUGCGGCUUCUGAGGUUCGUUCACUAGACCCAACUGAUAUCCAUCCAGAUGUAGUUCAACAACCCCCAGUUGAUUAUAUGCCAUUUGAUUUUCCAUUAAUCCACACGAUUUGUUGUGUUACCUGCUAUUCUGAAGGUGAACAAGGUAUCAGAUCGACUUUAGACUCGUUGACUACAACUGAUUAUCCAAAUUCUCAUAAAUUAUUGAUGGUCUUAUGUGACGGUUUGAUUAAAGGUUCAGGUAACGAUAAAACAACACCAGAAACUGUUUUAGAAAUGAUGACAGAUUUUGUUAUUCCUCCUGAUGAAGUUCAGGCAUAUUCUUAUGUAGCUGUUGCAUCUGGUACUAAGAGACACAAUAUGGCAAAGAUCUAUGCUGGUUUUUAUAAGUAUGAUGAUGAAACUGUCCCUUCGGAAAGACAACAGCAUGUACCUAUGAUUGUAGUAGUUAAAUGUGGUACACCGGAUGAGCAAGGUUCUGCAAAACCAGGUAAUAGAGGUAAGCGUGAUUCUCAAAUUAUUCUAAUGUCAUUUUUGCAAAAAAUAACCUUUGAUGAAAGAAUGUCAGAAUUGGAAUUCCAAAUGUUGAAAAAUAUAUGGAGAAUUACAGGGUUGAUGGCUGAUUUCUAUGAAACAGUCUUAAUGGUUGAUGCGGAUACUAAAGUUUAUCCAGAUUCUUUGACUCAUAUGGUUGCCGAAAUGGUUAGAGAUCCAAUGAUUAUGGGGUUAUGUGGUGAAACAAAAAUUGCAAAUAAAAGGCAGUCAUGGGUAACUGCAAUUCAAGUAUUUGAAUAUUACAUCUCUCAUCAUCAAUCAAAGGCAUUUGAAUCUGUUUUUGGUUCCGUGACAUGUUUGCCAGGUUGUUUCUCAAUUUAUCGUAUUAAAUCUCCAAAAGGUUCAGAUGGUUAUUGGGUACCUAUUUUGGCAAAUCCAGAUAUUGUGGAGAGAUAUUCGGAUAAUGUUACCACCACUUUGCAUAAGAAGAAUUUGUUACUAUUGGGUGAAGAUAGAUAUCUAUCAUCUUUGAUGUUAAAAACAUUCCCAAAGAGAAAACAGGUGUUUGUCCCUAAAGCUGCCUGUAAAACCAUUGCGCCAGAUAGCUUUAAGGUUCUUCUUUCACAACGUCGUCGUUGGAUUAACUCUACAGUUCAUAAUCUAUUUGAACUAGUUUUAAUCAGAGAUCUAUGUGGUACAUUCUGUUUUUCAAUGCAAUUUGUUAUUGGUAUGGAAUUGUUGGGUACUUUAGUGUUACCAUUAGCAUUAUGUUUUACUAUUUAUGUGAUUGUUUUUGCUAUUAUCUCAAACCCUACUCCUAUCUUGACAUUAGUUUUGUUAAGUAUAAUUUUAGGUUUACCUGGUUUGAUUGUGGUUGUUACUGCUACUAGAUGGUCUUACUUGAUUUGGAUGUUAAUUUAUCUGUUUGCCUUGCCUGUUUGGAAUUUUAUUCUUCCUUCAUAUGCAUACUGGAAAUUUGAUGACUUCAGUUGGGGGGAAACAAGAACAAUUGCUGGUGGCAAUGAUGCAGAGGGGAAAGAUGAUAUUGAGGGUGAAUUUGAUCAUUCUAAAAUUAAAAUGAGAACAUGGAGGGAAUUUGAAAGGGAAAAUUUAAGAAAUUCACAAACAAUUGAACCUGCCCUUUACUGA